UAUAUAUAAAAGACCAAAAGUGAAUUGAAAUUAUGCCAUGAUAUAAAUCAGGUUAAUCCAUUGGUUAAAAUGGUUCUAAAAGUCUACGAAAAAAAGAGAAAACGCUCAAUGAAAAUUCGGAAAAAAGUUAAAUUUAAGCGCGUAAACCAUUUGGGUAAUUCUUUGAUCAGGCACACUACGACGCAUCGUAGAAAAAUUCCAAUUGAGGUAGGACAAUGCCACCCGCAAAAAGACUCCGCGCUUCGACGAGGGAGUGGUGCGAUCGGAACUCGAGACCCAAGUCUCCGAUACUCACUUCCGCCGUCCAACCGGAACCUACGCGUUGGCAGAAACCAGGACCCAUGGGUCGAAAUGAUUGGGCCAACUUCCACAGUCGCUAUCAAGUAGAAGUAACGACUUUGCGUAACGAGAUCGAGAGACUGCAAGGUGGCAAGCAGAAAGUAAGCAGAAAAAAGAAAAGUAGCAAGCCGACUUCCGAGGAUGAUAAUUAUCUGAGGGAGAACCAACAGCGACUGAGCAGGCCGCGCUGGCAGCGUGAAAAGUAUAUCACACCGCCGCCGGAGCAGUUUUCCUAUCGACCACAUUUAACCGGAAGAUCCACUCCACGACCGGAACAUGGUAGACCCGUCAAGAAGCCGACGGUUCCGUGCUGCUUCCAGCAUGAAGAUCUCGAGACGGAGUUCUGGGCCAACAUGAGAUUUCCUGUAUCGCGGAAAGCCCUUCGAGCCUGCCCCAGCAAGAAGAUCUGUGAACUCUCCCAGCCACGUCAAUUCCCUCGGAAGGCCCACUGUUCGAUGGCCGAGGAUCAAAUUGUAAGACGCCGAAAAAUGACACCGCGGCAGUGGCGACUUCAUUUGCAGCGUCUGGAGUUUCUGUCCAAACCAAAUCCACGGGUUUUGGCCGACCUAAUUUGCUGCUGUUCCUAAAUCAAACCAAAAAGAUUGACCCUAAACUACAGAUUCAUUAACUAAAUAACUUACUAUUUAGUUGGUUGAACUGUAGUAUAGUAUUAAUCAGUUUGUGUACAUUUGAAAUUGUACAGAUGUCUAAACAAGAACAUAAAUAAAAUUUAUAAAAAACCAUAA